AUGACCUUGGGAUUUCAUAUCCAUGAUUCUUGGGCCAAUGAGAAAAAAGCCUCUAGCAGUACAUUUAGUAUGCUGACAGGGAGCAGUGAUUAUGUGCCUAACUACAAGUGCACCCAGAACAGGAUUCCCAGUGCAUUCAUAGGGCACCUACUGUCUUCUGUAUCUAAUGUCAUGUAUCAGCUUACUGGCUUAUAUGGAUUUCCCCAGGGGGAGCUCUUCGCUACUUGGAUCCUGCUAGGACUUAAUGUAAGAGAACCGAGGCAAGAGUUCUGGGCAAUCGAGGGAACCAGAGCAUAUUACAGAAGUAAUGGGGAUAAGGCGAAGUCACAGAGAGCAGGCCAAGGUCACAACCAGAAAAGUAGUGAGGUUAGUUAUGGAGCUGUGGAUCCUGCAUUCAGCGACAGAAUCCGCUUCCCAUUAUUCUAUCGAACAGUGCCAAGUGAAACUGUCCGGUUUGAAGUCAUUAUCCAGCUCAUCAAGACGUUUGGAUGGAACUGGGUAGGAAUUGUAACCUCUAAUGAUGAAAGUUACCAAAAGACCAGUGAAAAAAUGAGGAACGAAAUCGUUAAGAAUGGAUUCUGUGUAGCAUUUCUAGUUAAAAUUGCUGAAAAUGAUUAUAGGACACUACAUGAAGCUAGGGAAACCAUAAUACAGUCAACUGCCAAUGUUGUUAUACUUCACAGCAGACUCGUCAUCUUGUUUAAUAUGUUUUUUAAAAUGAAUGACCGUGGAAAUCAUGUAUGGCUGAUGCUAUCGCCUUUCCCACUGUCUUUAAGUAGCCUAUAUUUGGAAAUGAAUCUCUUGCUAAAUGGAUCUAUUUUUAUUCACUUUCAUCAUGAAGCCAUCCCAGGUCUAAAGGACUUCCUUAACAAGGCGAAUCCUUCAGAGUUUCCCAAUGAUCCAUUCACUGCUGCAGUUUGGUUAGAGGUGUUUGCAUGCAAAGUCUUUGCUAACUCAUCUUUAUAUGAAACAUGUAAUGCCAAUCAUACACUAAAGCAAUAUGAGAUGAAUGGAUAUGACAUGUCUAACUUCAGACUAACAUACAGUAUGUACAUUGCUGUAUAUGCUGUGGCCCAUGCUCUCCAUGCUAUGUAUAUGGAUAAAGCCAGUGGUGGAACCAUCUUGCAUUCUGAUAAAACAACAUAUGGACUGAUGCCAAUACAGUUAAAUCGCUACCUGAAGAAAAUCCAUUUUAAAACACCCUCUGGGGAUGAAAUAUUCUUUAAUGACAAAGGAGAAGUUCCAAGGCAUUUUGAUAUCAUUAAUUGGAACAUUUUCCAUAAUGGAACAGCAACUUCAAGACCUGUUGGAAUCUUCAUUUCAUCUCCCUCUCCAGAACUUGUCAUGGAUGAAAAGGCCAUCUUUUGGGCACCUCAGUUUUAUGGGAUCCCUAUCUCACGUUGCAGUGCCAGCUGCCCACCAGGCUACAGAAAAGCUGUCAUGGAAGGAAAACAGAUUUGCUGCUAUGGGUGUGUUCAGUGCUCAGAAGGGGAAAUAUCUUCAGGACCAGACAUGGAAAAUUGUAUAAAAUGUCCUGAAGACCAAUGGUCCAAUGAGAAAAGAAGUAAAUGCAUUAUGCGCACCAUUGACUUUCUCUCUUAUGAGGACCUUCUAGGCAUAGUCUUAACCACCACUGCUCUGGUUUUGUCUUCUUGCACAUCUGCAGUUUUUUACAUCUUCAUAAAAUACAAGAAGAGCCCCAUUGUGAAAGCCAAUAACCAGGAGCUCAGUUACAUUCUGCUUCUUUCCCUCUUGGUGUCGUUCCUUUGUUCCUUACUAUUUAUUGGAAGGCCUACUAAAGUCACGUGUUUGUUGAGACAAGCUGUGUUUGGUAUCGACUUUGCUAUUUGUGUUUCUUCCAUUUUAGGAAAAACUGUUACUGUUAUUAUUGCCUUUAAGGCUACUAGACCUGGAAGCAGACUGAGAAACUAUGUUGGAGUUAGGGUAUCUAAAUAUAUUCUUCUACUAUGUACACUUCCUGAGGUUUUCAUCUGUGCACUUUGGCUCAUAAUCUCCCCCCCAUUCCCUGACUAUGACACUCACUCUGCAACAGGAAAGAUCAUUUUGCAGUGCAAUGAGGGAUCACCUAGUGCAUUCUACAUAAUGGUUGGUUACAUUGCCUUGUUGGCUUUUGUGAGUUUCUUUGUUGCUUAUCUUGCCCGUAAAUUACCAGACAUAUUUAAUGAAGCACAAUACAUAACCUUCAGCAUGUUGCUGUUCUGCAGUGUAUGGAUCUCCUUCCUCCUGGCCUAUGUGAGCACCACAGGCAAAUAUUUAGCCGCGGUGGAGAUAUUUGCCAUCCUUGUUUCCAGUGCAGGACUCCUUGGUCUUAUUUUUAUCCCUAAAUGUUAUAUUAUCAUUAUUAAACCGGCAGUAAGCACUAGAUGUCAAUUAUUAGAAUAA